UAUAUAUAAUAAGCCCAAGAGCAGCCAUGAUCAAGAAACUGAUUGCGUGUAGACCCCAGUUGCCAGUUGAAAUCGAACACGAAGACAUCGUAUUUCCUUCUCGAUUAAGAGAAGAAAAGGCAAAAAUGGAGACUCCUUUGCUGUCAUCAGAGAAAAGUGACAUAGGAAGUGAAAGACGGAGUACAUACGAACACGUGGGCCGUGCAGGGUCGGCAAUUCCAACGGCUUUCACGGCUGGAACCGAAGUGAGCGUCGAAGAAAUUAGAUCCGCCUCUACUUUUUCUGACCCGUACCCGCCUUCUUUGCACGCCCCUUUGGUCGGGUCCUCAGAACCACACCACCUCUAUCCUAACGCACAAGUGACUGGUUAUCCUCAGGGCGGAUAUCAUGGACAUUUAGGAACUACUGCUGAAGUAGGCAGGCAAGUAUUGGAUGAAGUAGAAAUACGAGAACUACUAAUAGAUCAUGUUGGUCAUCGUUGUUGUUGGGGAAGUCGUCCUGCUCGGACUUGGAAUAUACAUGCUGUUGAAGAUUGCAAUGUUUAUACGGGAACUCUGGAGACUUUUAUUGAAGAAAGGGAAACAAUAACAGAAAAGGAAGUAUACACUGGUGGAAACAUUGAUGGAAAGAAUGAGGGGGCUGAACUUGGAAUAUGGGAAUUGGAUUUAAGGUCUGAGUUUCCCGUACUUUUUAUACCUCAUAAAGAGUCACGAACCAAAGUUCCUCAUUCAGAAGCCAUUGAGAAAUGCUCAGGUUGUGCAGGACGUGGAAAUUUUGUGUGUCCCACUUGCAAUAAAGAUCAAGAGCCUGGUUUCUUUAAGGAGAAUCAGAUGUUUCCAUGUCCUACUUGUCAUGGGAGAGGGUUGAUUGCUCAUAGAGAUGGAUCAGAUACAAUAUGUCUUAUAUGUAAAGGUAAGGGAACAAUUCCUUGUGCAACCUGUGGAUCGCGCGGAGUAAUAAAAUGUGAGACAUGUCAAGGUGGUGGCUCUCUUCUAACUCGCCAAGUGGCUAUCAUUAGAUGGAAGACUCUUUCAGCUAGAAAAGUAAGUGCAACGAGUGGAGCAGCUUCAGUUCCAGAUGACGUAUUCCACCGAGCAAAAGGAGUUCAGUUGUGCAAUAAUCAGGCCUACCAGUGUACUCCUGCAUUUUUUGCCGAUUCAUACUUCCUCAACAAGUUUUCUUCCGAAGUAAUCGCAGAGAGGGCACCUGUAACUCCAACUGCAAGGGUCAUAUGUGAGAGGCAUACAAUCUCUGUUGUCCCAGUGACUCGUGUAACCAUGACUCAUCGCAAUCGCUCCUUCAGUUUCUAUCUUAUCGGAACUGGACGAGAGGUGUAUUUAAAAGAGUCCUAUCCUUCGAGAUUUUGCUGGGGGCUUUGCCCUUGCUUGGAAUGGUUGAAGUUAUAGUGUAUCCUUGUGAAAUCAAGUCAUGUUGCUGCUAUUCACCUCCUCUUUCGAGAAGGAAUGCAAGGGAUGAUAUGGAAUCAAUUUUCAUCUAAAAUUGCAGCACAGUAAAUUUAUAAUGUUUGUGUGAGAUGUAACUAUACAAUUUAUUUUAUUUCAGUGCACUUGUGUUGCAUGUAAUUUCUGAAGGAUUGUGUUACAUUUGCUUGUAGGCUUCCUACCACUGUGUUAUUCUCCUACGUAUGCCAAUAAUGGUUUUUUUCCCUUGAGCUAAAGAAGCAAAUAUAAAGUAAGGAUUGCGUUUUUU